AUGGUAUACAUUCUCCGUGGCUUCUAGCAGUCAUUGUAGAGUCUGUCGCUGUUGCGCACUAGAUCCCCGCUGUCGCUCAUGAUGGUUCUCUGGUUUCUGUGUUCUGAGGAUUCGAAGGGUCCCUGUGAGGAGGAUGACUGGGAGUGGACUGAUGAGGAGGAUCCGAGUCCAUCUGGGAAGAAAGUACCAUCGUGUCGGGCAGUAGUACCAUACGCAGGAUUAUCUUUAGGCUCAAAUGGGCCAGCAAAUUCACCUUCUGCACCAUCUCGCCAUGAGCCAGUUUCAGAGGUUGUCAGACGCGCAUAUGAAGAGGUGAUCUUCGGUUCUUUCUCUGGCUGAAAUCAACAUUAAGUUCUAAGAACGAUGGCCCUUGCGGAUAAAAGACUUGGUGAAUUCCAGGGAAAAUCAUGGACGGUCUGCUCUUGAUUCUUGUCUCGGUGUCUUGUCUUCCAGAAUGGCGAGGUGGGGCCUUCAAGACCCAGGCUUGUUUCUCAUUUUAUUGAAAUGGGAUUCCCAGAAGAGAUGGUGAAUCGAGCAGUCAAAGAGCACGGUUUGUAUCUUAGCAAACCGUGCUUCAGUCCCAACGCCGAAGCUUCAAACCUUUGAUCUUAGCAACUUUUAUCCGGAUUGUAUCUUUCAGGAGAAGGUGGCAUGGAGGUUAUUCUAGACACUCUGCUUACUUACUCAGUGAGUGGCCAGGAACUUAUUGACGGACUGUUCAUGGGUACCCUUGAAAGCUGUGGAUCUAUAAUCAGCAUUAAGCCCACUUCUGAUUUUUCUGUAUGGCAUCUGUUUGAUGGUAUUUCUGUGCUAAAAUAACAGGUUAUUGAGAGAUCAACUCCUGCGCUGGAUAAUUCCUCCUCUAAGAGUGUUUCUUCCCAGAGUGAAGGAGACAUUGUUGACGAGGAUACGUCCAAUAUGGAUUCUUUUGGAGACGAGGUGCAUUCUUUCUCGGGCAUACGCUCAUGCUAUGGUUUUUAGCAGAAAUUAAAGCUUCAAUUAUUUAUCACCUCAUCUCAUCGUAUCUGUGUUGGGAAAUUUAUUUCGAGAGUGCGUUUUGGUCCCUUUUCUAUGUGGAAUCUGCGGCUCAUACUCCGUUUAGUUCUGCAUACAUUAAAUCUUCCACAAUGCGUUCUUUCUGUAAUUAAUGGCAUCAGGGCAGGCAUGUAGAUGAAGAUGCUCCAAAUUUUUUGUCUAAUAAUCGAGAAUUAUAUGUAGAUACUGCUCAGAAUUCCGUCCAGCUUGCAUCGACAUGGAAUUUGCCCAUUUCUGCUGCUUGCCUUUUGAGAUAUUCUGAUAAUAAAGAGACUGCAUAACUUCACACUGGGGCUUCUUACAUGGUUUUCGGUAUCUAGAAAUAUUUAUAAGCAGACCAGUUGGAAAUUUCAAUGAAUUUUAUCAGACCCUUCAUCUGCCAUCGUAAAUGAGCUUCAAAAUUUUGCAAAUGAAGUCUUGCAGUUUUGGUUUACAGUGUGCGGGAAGUCAUUAAAAUCGAACAAAGUUACUAAGUUUUUCCUUCUGGUCUACAUUUUCGCAUGUAUAUUUCCAAAAUCACCGUGAACUCAUCCAUUCAAAGUAGUUUUUUUUUCUUGCUUAAUUUGGUUUCUUCCCCUAUUUAUUAGCUUGAUGGAGAUUGUGAGCUUUGAUGUGAUAUGUGGUUGACAUUUUCAUAUGUUAUUAUGCCUCAAAAAAUUUCUUUUUGUCUGCCUCUCAGGAAAAUGUGGAAGAUUUUUCGGAGAAAGACAAGAAACUGUUGCAACUGGUGGAGAUGGGAUUUUUUGCAGAUGACGUGUCCUCAGCGAUUGACAGAUGUGGUAUAGUUUCACAUUUUACAUCGUAAUCAUUAUUUUUUUUGCUUUUCUGUGGGUCGAUCCAUAAACUUCUUAAUGCUUUCCUUACGUGGCUCAUCCUACCAAAAUGCCCUAAUUGGAAUCACCUCUGUGGAACACCAGCUCGACGGAAUAAAGUUCACGGCUGAUUGAUUCAUUCGUAAAUUAAAAUUUUCCAGUGAUAUCUAUCUAUCUAUCUAUUUUCCAGUGAUAGAUAUGAAACGAAAGUACAAGGAUUUUGGGGCUCCCCUCAUUCUCCUAAUUCGGUUCGUUAAUAAUCAGUAUCAAUGUGGUCCAGCUUUUAAUCCGUUUCUGGAAAUAUGAUUAGAAAUGUAUUCAGUUCUUCAUAUUUUCCAUCUCAGAUAAUCUGGGCUGUGUGGGAUCGAAAAACAGAUAAAGGAAGCUGUAGAAUGGAUUAUCAUUUCUUUUAGUCUUUACACCAAACUGUUGGUUAUGGAUUCGCUUUUUUGUUUUGAUUGUCUGCACACAUUAUUUUGCUUUGAAGAAACCGUCUGGAUCAAUGCCAUUUUCUACGGAAAUAAGUUUAGUAAACAUGGAGCAUAUCAUCAAAUAACUUUAGUGCCCAUUCCCGAUAUUGAUGUUUUGAUGCAGCUAAUUAUGUUCCUUUUAGAGUGCAUGGCAGGAAAUAUCUGAACAUCUUGCAUGCUUGCGCUAAUUCUCGCUUUCCCUUAUUUAUCGGGUGAAUGAAUGUUUCAAUCAAAUCUUCCAGUUGAUUAUAAAAUCUACAACAACAUGCUAUCUUUCGCUGAAUCAUCUAGUUUUGAUCUACUCAAUCGAUCUCGUUCGACCCACUUUGUGAUCCGAACGCCUCCUACAUCAAUGCAGGUCCCGAUGCUUCCUUCCUGGAACUGGCGGACUCCAUUCGCGCUGCCCAGAUGGCAGAGGAGUCGGAUGGCUAUUUGAGCCAACCGCAGGAAUCAUCCACGGAUGAAGAUGAGGUGGGGAGCUCCGGGCCUAUUUCAUCCCUUCCAACGAUUCAUCUCCGUGAGAUUCCUGGUGAAAGCUUCCCUUUUUGAUGCUGUAAAAGGUCAAGAAAGCUUGCUCCGACGAUCCUCCGAGAGAGAAGAAGAAGAGGGUGUGGCUGCAGCAGCGGCGGCGGCGGCGGCAGCCUCCGACGAGAGCUCGCCCCAGAACCAGAGCGGAGCAGCCCACCUGCAGCCUCCCGAAUCCAAUGGUGGGCUUCGGCCUCCCCGCCGACCCUCAGCGGGCCACGCGUAGGGAGCUGCCGGAGGGCGCCGCCGGCCCGCCGUACUUCUACUUUGAGAACGUCGCCCUCGCGCCAAAGGGAGUCUGGGAAACCAUGUCCCAGUUUCUCUACGGCGUCGAGCCCGAGUUCGUGGAUUCCAAGCAUUUCUGCGCCGCCGCCAGGAAGCGGGGCUACAUCCACAACCUCCCCAUUGACGGGAGGGACCAGCUUCAUCCGGUGCCCCCGCUUAGUAUCCACGAAGCCCUCCCGGCGACGAGGAAAUGGUGGCCUUCCUGGGACAGGAGGACGAAGCUGAACUGCCUGCAGACGUGCACCGCCACCGCGAGGCUCACCGAGCGGAUACGCGCCGCCGUCGCCGGCGCCGGCGGCGAUCCGCCGGCCCCAGACGUACAGCGGUUCGUCCUCGAGGAGUGCCGGAAGUGGAAUCUGGUGUGGGUGGGCCUGCAUAAGGUGGCGCCUUUAGAGCCCGACGAAGUGGAGAUGCUGCUGGGCUUCCCCAAGAACCACACCAGAGGCGGCGGGAUAAGCAGGACCGAGCGAUUCCGAUCCCUCGGGAACUCCUUCCAGGUGGACACCGUGGCUUACCAUCUCUCUGUGCUGAAGGCUAUCUUCCCCCAGGGGCUGCGGGUGCUGUCGCUCUUCUCCGGCAUAGGCGGCGCGGAGGUGGCACUUCACCGGCUGGGCAUCCACCUGAAGGUCGUCGUCUCCGUGGAGAUCUCGGAGGUGAAUAGGAACAUCGUCAGGGCUUGGUGGGCGCAGACGGAACAGGAGGGGACGUUGAUCGACAUAGCCGACGUGCAGGAGGUGGACGAGGAGAAGCUCAAGGAGCUGAUCGGGCGAUACGGCGGGUUCGACCUCGUCGUCGGCGGUAGCCCCUGCAACAACCUCUCCGGAAGCAACAGGGUGAGCAGGCAUGGAUUGGAGGGUUCCCACUCGUCCCUCUUCUUCGAGUAUUUCCGCAUCCUCGACUUCGUGAGGAGCUUCGCGCGAGGAAGAAUCUGA